AUGUCUUCCCAGCCUCUUCUGCAGACCGCGCCCGGCAAGCGCAUCGCGCUGCCGACCCGUGUCGAGCCCAAGGUCUUCUUCGCCAACGAGCGCACCUUUCUCUCGUGGCUCAACUUCACCGUCGUCAUUGGCGCCCUCGCCAUUGGCAUGCUCAACUUUGGCGACCGCGUCGCCUUCAUCUCGGCCUUUCUCUUCACCGGCGUCGCCAUGCUCACCAUGAUCUACGCCCUCGUCACCUACCACUGGCGCGCCAAGUCGAUCCGCGUCCGUGGCCAGGCCGGCUUCGACGACCGCUUCGGCCCUACCGUGCUCGCCAUCAUCUUGCUGCUCGCCGUCAUUGUCAACUUUGUCCUGCGCAUCAUGGACACGUCCAAGAAGCAAAAUGGCGGUCACUAA